AUGAAAGUGUAUUACAAUGGGUUCAACCUCCAUCGCCAGUUCCCCAGCCCACAAGACUUGGUAGUAAAUUUUAUCGAUCACGUGUACCGGGACUUGGAAAAUAUCGAGGUUAGCUACCACUUCGCUGUAUUGUUGGUUGCGAACGUUGUGGCGUUUCGAGGCGCGAAAAAUGAAACAAUUCCCGUGGAAGGGAAAAUUCGACAAAUUUCAUGCAACGAAGACAAAGUUUUGGUGCUUUUGACUAAUGGAGACUUGUUAAAAAUAACGGAAUCUGUGAUAAAAGUGCCAAAAUUGAUGGGUUUGGAUGACGAUGACACCGUUGUUCAAAUUUCGACUGGAUCCAAGCUUUGUGUAGCUUUAACGAAAAAGGGACUCUUGUACAAUGUGCCAAAUAAGUUAGAAUUUGUAAGCGGGGAUAUAAUUGAGGUGAAAACGGGCCGCGAACAUUGCUUACUUUUAGACAAAAGCGGAAAUGUUUUUAGCUUUGGUAGGGGAAGUCGCGGACAACUUGGGCAUGGAUGUCUGGAUGAUGAAUCCGAACCUAAGUUUAUAGAAGCGUUAGGUGGUGUGAAAAUUGAGGCUAUUGAGGCAGGAGGCUGGCAUUCGUGUGCUUUGAGUAAAGAGGGGGAUUUAUACGUUUGGGGGUGGAACGGAAGUGGACAGUUGGGUUUAGGGGGAAGUGAUGAUGGGGUGUCCAUUAUGGCAACGCCUCAAGUCUUAGAUUUUGAUUUUAAUAUUAAAAAUGUUGGCUGUGGUAAUAAACAUACAGUUGUUUUGACAGAUGAGGGAAAAUUGUUUGGCUGUGGUUGGAAUAAAUACAAACAGUUGAAGAACGACGAAAAUGAGGUUUUUCGUGAGUUGAUUUUCCUGUGGGAUUUUUCAAAGGAAGUUGUGAAGUGUCUAAAGUGUGGUCCUUGGAAUACGCUGGUGUUGUGUACAGGGUGACUCGGAUAAGAAGGGCGGGAUGAAAUAAAACAACCAUGAACAUUUUAAUGUAGUCCACAGUAUAAUAAAUACUGGUAUACUUCAGAAUUACAUUAUAAAUAUACAAUGUGUAUGGUA